GUGGUGUGUGUCUUUUGGUGGAAGAAUGCUUGUCACCUACUCCUUUUAAGUUCCCAUUUUUUCUCCUUAAAAACUUACUAGUAUGCUUGUUGAGAGAGAAAAGAGAGAGAGAAUAAGAAAAGAAGAGUAAGAGAAACUAAAAGUGUUGAAGUUGGUGUUUGCUAUGGAAAGACACAAAUGCAAGCUUUGUUCAAGAACGUUUGGCAAUGGAAGAGCACUUGGUGGACACAUGAAGGCUCAUCUUGCUAUUGCUAAGUCUCAACAGAAACAAUUCACUCAACCUGGUUCUUUUUCAUCGUCGGAAUCGGAAGAAGAUGAAGAAGAAGAAGAAAAAGCUUUGAUUAAUUAUGUUUUGAGAGAGAAUCCUAAGAAAAGUCUCAAAGUUGCAGAUCCUGAAUUUUCUUUUGUACGUGAAACUGAGUCUGUUAUUGUUCAAGAUAGAGAAAGUGAGACUGAGUCAAAGAACAACCCGACUCGUCAACAACGAUCUAAACGGAACAGAAAACAAAACAACGACAACAACAACCAGAAUUUUCUUCCACAGAAGAAACCAAAGCCGAGUUUCAUGGUGCCAACAACUCCGUCACAAUUCACUGAACAAGAACCUGUGAGUUCAGUUUCUGAUACUUCACCUGAAGAAGAUGUUGCUAUGUGUCUCAUGAUGCUUUCGAGGGACAAAUGGAGUCGAAAGAUGAACAACGUCAACAAUGUGGAACAAGAAGAAGAUGAGGGAUCGGUGGAGAAAAUAUCGAAGGUGAAGUUAUUGAAACGAGUUCGUGGGAAGCAUUUAUGCGAAAAUUGUGGGAAAACAUUUCGAUCUUCUAGAGCAUUGGGAAGUCAUAGAAGUAUUUGUUGUCGCGAUGAAGCGAAGAAUGGUAAUGGUAACGAUGAUAAGAUUUUUGAAUGUCCAUUUUGUUUUAAGGUUUUUGGUUCUGGUCAAGCACUUGGUGGUCACAAGAGAUCUCAUCUCAUGAUCCCUUCUUCAUCAACUUCCACUGCUAAUGUUAAUGUUAAUCCUACUGCUGCUAGAUUCAAAGACAGUUUCAUAGAUCUCAAUAUGCCAGCUCCACUUGAAGAAGAAGAUGAUCUUAGUGUUGUUUCUGAUGCCUAAUUGUGUGGCUAUGGAAAUGGAAUAAUUAAUAUUGGUUAAUUAAUUAUUAGCUGUUAAUUUGUUGGGAUUGGGUAAUUAGGUAGAUUGGUUUAUUUUAAUUUUUUUAUGUAUGGAGAAUAUUUCAUUAUGUUUAAUUGAUAGAUCAAAUGCUUUUUGAUUCUAUAAUGUUAGAUGAGUAUUAGUUAUGAUUUUCACCAACUGUCUGCUAUGUGUUAUACAGUUACAUGAUGAAUUGGUAAAACAGUUGAAGUUUCUUCAUUGUACUA